ACGACGAGCAGGAAUCAUGACGGGUUCAGGCGAGAGUUAGAGAGGCGGUGAGGUAUGGGAGAAUCUGUGCGAGAAUAGUGAAGAGUGGAAAAGAGGAGCUGUGGAGAGAAAUGAAGAAUGGGACCAACAUCAACGCAAUCGCUAAAUCGGUAACGCCCUCAGUCAACACAUCGGGAGUGUUCGUGACCCUCACACCCCUCUCCUUACACUUCGUCCAAAUCAAUCUUAUCCAACCUAACGCUGAAGCUGGCAACGAUCUCCAGCUUCGGCAGCGAAUCAAUCAACGCUGCGUCGGCACCCGCCGUCGCGUUUCCGACUAUGGCCCUGAUGGAGUUGGAGUGGCUCUUCAGGAACUCGGUCUUCUGGGGAUACGUCUAGAAUCCAAAGAGAUUGAAGCACUUCUGAAGCUCGUCUUCAAGUUGUAUGUGCUGUGGAAUUGUGGCGUUGCUGGUGGCCAAGUGUCAGACGUGGAGCGGGGCGGAAUUGCUAAGAGAUGGUCGCAGUGCUCUUCUUCCUAGUGCUAGCAGCGAGUGGGGAGAUGGUGCGGAAAGAAGAUGGGGGAUUUUUAGACUUCGAAGACUACCCAAACAGAUGAGUUUCCUUUUAUUUUUCUUUAUUAUUAUUAUUAUUAUUAUUAUUAUUUCUUUUCUUUUCUUUUCUUGGUUGCCAAACAAACUGAGCCCUCACUCUCUCUAUUCUAUCUCAUCUCUUCUUUGCUUUGCACUCCCUCCACUCUGUCCUCAUUAAUUAGAAACCGAACUCCAUCUUUCCUUUCUUUUCUUUUAUUGGUUACCAAACAAACUGAGCCCUCACUCUCUUUUCCUUUCCUUUCAUUUUCUCCUUUUUCUUUCUUAUCAUCCAAACAAGCUUGGUCACAGUUAGGGGGUGGGUUAGGUUCAAGUAUGGUUAAAACCAGGGCUAGGUUUGAUUGGGUUUUUGGUUAGUCUAACUAUAGGGUCAUACUGAAUCAAGUAUUUUAACCUGGGUUCAAGUUGGGUUUGACUCGAAUAUCUGGAUGAAUUAACUAGGGUUGGGUUCGAUUGACUUGGGUUUGGGUUUGGGAUUUGUUGGCUUGGGUUCGAAUAUGUUGACCCAAUUUUGGUGUUCGAAUUCAGAGAUGGAGAUAUCAAACUGCCCAAUCAAGUGCAUGGUAAGCCAAUAUCUCAAUUAAAUAACUUCCGAAAUCAGUCAAUUGCAGAAAUCAGUUUCAACUAAAUAAAUUGCGAUUCUAAACCAGAACACAAUUGAACAUCAACUGAUCAUGUAAACAAACUCACUCACAAAAUGUGUUCAUCAAUCAUGCAAUAAAUCUUAGAGCCAACCCAUUCUAUAGCAUUAAGUUAAUCACCCAACCAACCUUUCAAAUUACCUUCAUCGAAUUGGAUCAAACAAGCCAUAAUAUGAUUUCAAAGCUCAACUCUUACGCAUAAGAUAGACACACUGAAAGAGUGAGGAGGACUCUUUGUUGUUUUUUGUCCCACAUUAGUAUAAAAGAUUGUUUUGAAUUUUUUUAUAUUAUUUGUCCCACAUUAGAGAGAAGUGUUUUUUUGGACUUGAGGUUGAAGCUAUAUAAAGAGCUUAACUCUUCAUUUGUAAAACACACCUUAAAGUUGUACUUUGUCAAGAAGUAGUGGAUUGACCAUCAGCGCCCGAGGAUGUAGGUAAUUCUAUAUCGAAUCUCAUAAAUUUCUUGUCUUUUUUUUUUUACUGCUUUAUUAUUAGUUUCUGUAUUGUUUUAAUUUUUUAUAUAUUCAAUAACAAUAAUUGCAGUAUUGGUGUUUGGCACAAGUGGGGUAUCCAGCACAACAAUUGGUAUAAGAGUUAGGUUGAAUAGUGUUGAUACGGAGGUGUUCCUUUGUUAGGAUUUAUUGGCCUAAUAAGACUUACAAUUCUUAUUUUAAUGAUAACAAAUCAUGAUGUGUUUAAUGUGAUUCAAGUGAAAGUUGUUCAAGAAAAAGGUAAAGCUUGAAGGAAGUGACAAAGUUCAAGAGCAUAAUAAAGCUUAUGGAUUACAAAGAGAUCGUAAAGAGCAUAAGGAUUAAAGAUAUACUAGUGAAAGCUCAAAGAGAAGAUUGAAAACUCAAAGAUGAUGGAAGAACAUGAUUGAAGAUCAAAUGAUCAUUUUUUUAGGAUGUUCUAAAUGUAAGUACUUCAAGUUAAUUUCAAAUAUAAAUUGAAUUGAAGCUCUCAAAAUAUUCAGAAAUAUAUUUUUUAUAUACUCUAAAGAAGAUUUUUAUAAUCAAUGAAAAGAAAGAGUUUUGAAAAAGAAAAUCUUUUGAAAUAAAGAAGGGUCAGGCGACUGUCAUAAUAUGGCAGGCGACUCCCAAAUUAAGUAAGAGAUUUUUUUCAAAGAGACGGUAGCAAGACAGGCGACUGGCUGAACAUGUCAGGCGCCUGAGUGAACAUGUCAGGUGACUGCCUUGGUUUUGACAGGCGACUGCCAGUGUUCUAUGUUGUGAGUUUGUUCUAUGACAAGCGACUGCCACUCGAACGUUGGCUUAAAAACUCUCAACGGGAAGAUUUUUUAAACAAACUUUCUGGAUACUAUUAUUUUUAAAAAUUUAGAAACUAUUUUAAGGAAACUUUGAGGGUAAGGAAUUGCUUUAAAAACUUAGAAACUAUUUUAAGGAAACUUUGAAGGUAAGGAAUUCCUUCUAAACAUCUAUAAAUAGCCCCAAUCUUCAAAGGUUUGAGACACCCAAUCAAUUUUCAAGCAAUCAAAGUUCUCAAAGGCUCUCAACUUUUUUGUGUUCAACUACUGAAUUGCUACUGAUUCAAACUCCGAAACAAAGCUUUCAAAGUCAGAAUCUUUCAUAUUUUAGAAGAUAUUUGGUGAUUCAUAUUAAGUAUUGAGCUUCAAAUUCUUUUAUAUUUAAAUUACUUUAAAGUAUUAUUGUGCUAAAUGUUGUACUAACCUACUCUGCUGUGAGAGUGUUUUCUUGUACACAAUCUUUUUAUCUUGAUUCUUAUUCAUAGACGAUUCAAGGUUAUAGAAUUGUUGGACCAAACGAGGGAAUAUCGUUUGGA